AUCAUGAACUGAAUUUUUUCUUCAGUGCAGCAUUUGUUCCUCUUUCUCUCUUUCCAAAUCUCCCUAAAACCCUCGAAUGGGUUCUCUACUCAGAGCUUCCAAGGCUCUUAAACCUCCAAAAUACUUAUCUCCAUUUUUUUCAACAUUUAGAAGCAACAAUGCAUAUGAUAGUUUUGGCUUAACUCAAAGAUUCUGCUCUCAUUCUCGCCAAAACAGUAAAGAAACAGCUACCAUAGAUUUGAGUCAAUACCCGACUGAAAAGAUCAGAAACUUUUCAAUUAUAGCGCAUGUUGAUCAUGGAAAAUCUACUUUAGCUGAUAGGCUUUUGGAGCUUACUGGAACCAUUAAAAGAGGCCAUGGUCAGCCUCAGUAUCUUGACAAAUUGCAGGUAGAGAGAGAAAGGGGAAUAACUGUUAAAGCUCAAACAGCAACUAUGUUCCACAAACACAAGUUCCAUGGAUCCAGUGUUGGUGAUGCCAAUGAACCAUCAACUUUUCUGCUAAAUCUAAUUGACACGCCUGGUCAUGUGGAUUUUAGUUAUGAAGUUUCAAGAUCUCUGGCAGCUUGCCAAGGUGCUCUUUUGGUUGUUGACGCAGCCCAAGGUGUUCAAGCACAAACUGUGGCCAACUUUUAUCUUGCUUUUGAAUCUGACCUGACUAUAAUACCUAUCAUAAACAAAAUUGACCAGCCAACUGCGGAUCCUGAUCGUGUCAAAGCUCAGUUAAAAUCAAUGUUUGAUCUUGAGCCUACUGAUGCCCUUUUAACAUCUGCUAAAACAGGGCAGGGUCUUGAGCAUGUCCUUCCAGCAGUCAUAGAGAGGAUCCCUCCCCCUCCUGGAAGCAGCAGUUCACCUUUGCGCAUGCUUCUGUUGGAUUCCUAUUAUGAUGAGUAUAAGGGUGUGAUUUGCCAUGUUGCAAUUGUUGAUGGUGCUUUGCGUAAAGGUGAUAAGAUUUCAUCUGCAGCAACUGGUCAAGCUUAUGACGUGUUGGAUGUUGGGAUCAUGCAUCCUGAACUAACUCCCACUGGCAUCCUUCUAAGUGGACAAGUUGGAUAUGUGGUGACUGGAAUGCGUUCCACAAGAGAGGCACGUGUCGGGGACACACUAUAUCACACUCGAACUACCGUAGAGCCUCUUCCUGGUUUCAAACCAGCAAAACAUAUGGUGUUUUCUGGUCUUUACCCUGCAGAUGGAUCUGAUUUUGAUGCACUUAACCAUGCUAUAGAGAGACUAACGUGCAACGAUGCCAGUGUCUCUAUCACUAAGGAGAGUAGCACAGCACUUGGACUGGGUUUUAGGUGUGGGUUCUUAGGCUUACUUCACAUGGAUGUUUUUCAUCAAAGACUUGAACAGGAGUAUGGAGCUCAUGUCAUUUCCACUGUUCCAACUGUUCCAUAUAUUUUUGAGUAUUCUGACGGAAGCAAAGUAGAAGUUCAGAAUCCUGCUGCAUUGCCCUCAAAUCCCAAGAAACGAGUUACAGCUUGUUGGGAGCCAACAGUAAUAGCAACUAUUAUUAUUCCUAGUGAGUAUGUGGGGCCUGUCAUUACCCUUUGCUCUGAGCGGAGAGGCCAGCAACUGGAGUACUCAUUCAUUGACAGUCAACGAGCUUUCAUGAAGUAUCAGCUACCCUUGAGGGAAAUUGUUGUCGACUUUUACAAUGAGUUGAAGAGUAUUACAUCUGGAUAUGCCUCCUUUGAUUAUGAGGAUUCAAAAUACCAACAAUCUGAUUUGGUGAAACUUGAUAUCCUCCUAAAUGGACAGCCAGUUGAUGCCAUGGCCACAAUUGUUCACAAUUUGAAGGCACAACGUGUUGGUCGUGAACUGGUGGACAAGCUAAAAAAAUUCAUUGACAGGCAAAUGUUUGAGAUAACCAUACAAGCUGCAAUUGGAUCAAAGGUUAUUGCAAGGGAGACAAUCUCAGCAAUGAGAAAGAAUGUCCUUGCAAAGUGUUAUGGUGGGGAUGUUACUCGAAAGAGGAAGCUUCUGGAGAAACAAAAAGAAGGAAAGAAGCGAAUGAAGCGAGUUGGUUCUGUUGAUAUACCUCAAGAAGCUUUUCAUCAACUACUGAAGGUUUCAUAGUCUAUACCAUGUCAUUAAGGAUGCUGGAUUUUAGCUAUAAAGAAAAGUUCACAGCAUACACUAUUGUGAGCAUACCUGGUAGCAGAAGCUGUUGGAAAAUCUGAAGCAGUAAAGAAAGGAUUAGCUCUUUUGCCCUUUAUGCCUUGGAAUAAACUGCACUAGUUUUUUGGAUAGGGAUCAUAUUUAUAUCCAUUAACCUUAUUUGUAUAACAUUUUUCAUCUUGAAGAGGAUGUUUUAAUAGCAAAAUAAGAUUAUAUUAAUGGUUAGGAUGUCAUAGUGAUUUUGUUGGUUAUAAGACUCCAUUUAUAUUCUUUUUGA